GAGUUCCGGGGUAGCCUGAGCUACCUGAGACCCUGGGUGAAUAAAACCCAAGCUGAGCCUUUUGGUCUUCAGAUAAAAUCUUGCUAAGCCACCCAGUGGUUCCUGUACUCACUCUGAAUUCAUGAUCCUCCUGCCUCAGUCUUCUGAGAGAGAUUGAGAUCUCAGCUCUGCCCAGUUUAUGGAUAGCUCUUUCAAAAUGGGGCUUCCCUGGGGUUUAAGCUGGCAGGGGACGUCACUGGCCACUGCCCUUCCAGCCUUGCCACCCCACCCCCUCCACGGCUCUGUUGGCCAGGACUUUGGCCUAGGACAGAGGAGCUGCCUGAUAUGGAGGGAGGGGGCCCUCCAGACCUAUAAAACCUGCCAACCCACUGGAGUUAGUGAGGACAGUCCCAACUUGCCCGUUACAUUCAGUGCUCCAGGUCACAGACGGCAUGGGCUCUCGGUUCCUCCUGGCUCUCUUCCUCGUCCUCCUGGUGUUGGGAUGUGAGGUCCAAGCGGCCCAGCAGCUGCAGCAAGAUGAUCCAGGCAGCCCAGCUCUGCUGGACAAGGUGCAGGAGUCCAUCUCCAGUUACUGGGACACGGCUAAGGCGGCUGCCCAAGACCUAUACCAGAAAACAUACCUGACCAGUGUGGAUGAGAAACUCAGGGACAUGUACAGCAAAAGCUCGGCGGCCAUGACCACUUACGCCAGCAUUUUUACGGAUCAGAUCCUUACUCUCCUAAAGGGCGAGUAAACGCCGUGUGGGGGGUGGGGGGGGGAGGGAGAACCAGCCCUCGGGCUCUUUGCCCUCAUCACCUGACCAGGAUGGGUCUACAUUCCACUAUCACAGCAGCCCUUGUCUUCCUGUUCCCAUCUCCAGACUGAAUUCUUUCAGUGAAAGAAUAAAACAAACCCAGUUCACUGAC